AAUGUAUAAUAGCUUUUCACUUCCGGUUCACAGGCGGCGUCCUCGUCUACAAGGAACUCGCUGAGUUAGGCCCCGCGAGCCGAAAUAUUAUGGCAGCAUUUUUUAUUUUAAAAGUUAAUUGUAAACAACUUAAAUCAAUUGCAAAUGGAGAGCAGCGAUACUGCUGGAUCCAAUAUAGUCGCGAAAGCAUUCACAUUUGAAGGGAGAAAGGAUACGUGGUCAUCGCUGACGGUCAGCAUACCUGAGGUUCUCGAGCCACAAUAUGGCAUGUAUGUUUGGCCCAGUGCGGUGGUCCUGGCUCAGUUUGUGUGGUCCCACAGGGACAAACUACCCCAGAAAACAGUACUAGAGUUAGGGGCUGGUGUAAGUUUACCAGGUGUGGUGGCCGCGAAGUGCGGGGCUCAGGUAAUCCUGUCCGACAGCGCAGAGAUCCCGCUGUGUCUGGAGAACUGCCGGAGAACCUGUUCAACGAACGACUUGGCCGCGGUGCGCGUGGUGGGUCUAACCUGGGGCGAGAUCUCCCCCGACCUGGUGCUCCUUCCUCCGGUAGACGUCAUCCUGGGGUCCGACGUUUUCUACGAGCCAGAGGAUUUCGAAAAUGUCCUCGUGACCAUCACCUUUCUCUUGAGGAAAAACCCUGAGGCCCAGUUCUGGACAACCUACCAAGAGAGAAGUGCUGACUGGUCAAUAGAAGCACUGCUGCACAAAUGGAACCUUCAGUGUGUCAACAUUCCACUGGAGAGAUUCCAAGCCAAUCAGGCCCACCUGGCUGGCUCCACACUUCCUGGAAACCAUGCUGUGCAGAUGCUGAUUAUCACGUUGAAGGGACAUGUGCAGAAACCAAUAGCUGACGGAAUGAAAAACAACCUUUGAAAUAUUGUAACUCCCCCCCCCCCCCCCCCCCCCCCCCCCCCCCCCCCAACAUGUGAAUAAAGUUCUGGAAUUGUUGGAAAAGUCAUAUUGUUAGUCACUGUCACAAACCCCUGGUUUUCCAUUUAAAAGAGACCGAACCACAGAUGGUUAAGAGAAAACACUUUAUUAGCAACCACAUCGGUCUACAUACAGGAUUUUAAACAGGAACGGGACAGGAAUGCAGAUGGGGCAAGACAAAUGCAAUGGAUCCGUUCGAUCAAAAAAUAAAACA